AUGGGGGCACUCGCGGCGGCGGAUGCUUCGAUGAGUGGGGCUGCGAUUUGUUUCAUGUUCGCGGGAUACGUAGCUACUUUCUCGCUGUUCUAUUCUCACUUCUGCAAGGUGAAGAAGAUGAAUGAGGACGGAGAGGUUGGGGAGACCAAAAUCGUCCCGUUCUAUUUCGUGCUUCUCAGCUGCCUCAUUUGGAUAGCGUACGCCGUGGUUGAUAUCAAGGCCGACUGGGCUGUAUUCAUCUUAAACGCACUAGGGGUUGUGGUGAUGGUCUACUGCAUUUGGUCCUUUGCACGGCUGGAUCAAACCAUCCGCCUCUACGCGUUCAUCUUCGUCCCGGCAGAGGGUCUGGGUGUGGUCAUACUUGCCAUUGCGGUCUACUUCAGCUUCGACACCGUGAACGACAAGAACAUGUGGCUCGGCGUGAUCGGUGGCAUCGCGGGAACUGUCAUGUACAUCGUCAGCAUGGCCACCGAUACACGCACUUUGCUGCAACGCCAGGAGGCUGUGGGACAAGGCAUGCGAGGAGUCCUCCAGGAGCUUCAGUUGCUCUUUGCCUCUAGCGCUAAUGCUGGGUCCUGGUGCAUGUACGGGGUUCUUUACGCUGGGAAUUACGUGGCGAUUGCAAAUGGCAUUGGUUUGGGAUUUUGUGCGCUCCAGUUUGUCAUAUACGGAUGGAUCAAGCUUGGGAUCACUGCAAGAUAG